AAAAAAUGCUGUCUGAGAGGAGAAUGUUUUGUAUUUGCCACAUUUCUAUAAUUUGUUAAACUACCAUACUACAUGUAAGUUCCCCUUAGCUGUCAGAGCCCUAAAAUGGUCAGCACCUACAAGGUUGUGUUAUGUGGAAAGACUGGGGUCGGAAAGACAUCAAUUUUUAGACGCAUGUGUGGGUCUGACUUGGACAGCCCUCAGAAAGGUUGUGCAAGAAAUACCCUUGAUCCUGUGGAGUGUAAUGUGUCAGUUGAACUAGAAAAGGAGACAGAAAUAAAGGUAUUCUUUAACAUAAAUUAUUAUUAUUUCAAAAUAACCCUUUCCAGAAAGUGCUAAAACUUUCUAGCAGUAAUGCAACACAGGGUUGCAAUGCUGCAGAGUUGUUUUAAAUGCUUGAUUAGCAGGGAGUUUAAUCAGCAACAAUGGGAACAGCUGCAACAAGAACAGCAAAAUUAAAAAGCAAUGGUUUUAGAUAAGCAAAAAAUUUGCACAUGCAUUUUUUUGUACAUAAUUUUCAUUAGUAUCGACGUCGUGCGACUACUACAUGAAACUCCCUAAUUUCACUUUUUAUGGAGGAUGUUAACACAAGACAACAAACAAUCUCUUUUUCUUUUUCGAACUUUCCAGUAGAUACAGUCCUGUAGAAUUCAACUCCAGAAAAUCUUGCCAACAUUUGACAAUAGCAAGCUUAAAAAAUAAGCAACCACAGCGAUGACACUAACAACAACAUCAAAAUACAAUACAAAUUAAUUAGUUUUGUGAGCAAAACAACAGUUCUGCUUGUUCAUCACACAUUUGAGCACAUUUCUUUGAUGUCCACUGCAUGACUGGGACAUGAAACCUCCUGAUGUGACAUUUUAUGGAGGACGUGGACAUAUGAUGGCAAAUUUUCCCUUCCCUUUUGAACAUGGAUAAAGUCCUUAAGAAUUCAACUCCAGGAAAAGUUGCCCUUAUUUGACAAAUUGAGCAGUUCCAAAUUGAGACAAAAGCUAGAUGCAAAUGUAUUUUUUUUAGCAAAAUUUUCAUUGCUGUUGUCAUUGUGUAUUAGUUGCUUAAUCUCCCUAGUGUGAACAAGAUGGAAUAAGAGGAAUAAUUAAUGUUUAUAGUUGCAAGCAAAGCAUCAGUAAGAUUAUUGCUGAUCAGGUGCUAGCUGCUGGCACAUGGCUUCUUAUUUGAUGCUAUGCCCAAUUUGGAGAGCUUACUAGCAGGUUCUGGAAACUUUUGUACUUUUACCUUGGGCUACCAGGGUUUACAGCAAACUUACAUAAUUGAUGCCCUGCCGGGGGGGGGGGUCCAUGUCGCCCGUCUGAAUUUUGAAACAUCUUGUGUCGGUGUUUAUAAAUGCUUGUCGCUUAUUGUCAGCUUUUCCGUCACUUUCUCAAUUUGGUCGAGGGAGGUUGUCUCUUGUCGCGAUUUUAUUUUAAGCACUGUCGCUACUUUUUGGGCCAUGUUGCUUGUCAGAAUUUAUCCUGGCAGGGCCUCAUAAUUGUUAGGCGCAGAGCUCUUGGACUCCAGACAACGUUCUAAGAGAACAGCCAUGAAUUAUUGUCAUGAAUAUUUUUGUCCCCAAACUAAGGGGCACGGGUGUGACAUAUUUUGUCAAGAAGUGACAUUUUUCCACUUUAAUUUGCAGUUCAACUUGUGGGACACUGCUGGACUUGAACAACAUGCCACAUUAACUCGCUCUCACUAUUUACUCAGCCAGGCUGUGUUGAUUGUGUACAGUGUAAAUGACGAAGAAUCUCUCAGCCAGGCCAUUGAAAUCCUGAAGUUUGCCAAAAUCCAUGCGCAAGGUGCCUGCUUCAUUUUGAUCACAAACAAGAUAGACUUAGAACCAACUUUCACAGAGGAUAAAUUGAGGUCAUCAAUUCCAAAGAAUGCGUUUGUGUUGCAGUUUAGAACUUCAGCCUUAACAGGUGAAGGUAUACAGGACAUGCUUCAUAAACUAGCGAGCCAUUUAAAUAAGAGAGCAACACCCAUGAAACCAACUGGUCGUUCAUGCCUUGGUAAUUGCAAUGACAAGAGUGCUAGUUACAAUUUAGAUGCUGGUGUUGUUCAUUUGCAAUUUGAAGACACUCAUCAACGACGUCGAAGACGAAGAAAAUGCUGCUCUUCAUAAACAAACAGGAUCAAGGUGAAUACCGACCUUUAAUCACACUGCAUGAACAGGAAAAAAAUCUGUACUUGACUUAUAGAGGGGAGACUGGAAUAGCCUGGGCACUUCUGAGUUGCACCAAGACUCCAUUUCAAAGUGAGGCUAAGUGCAAAGCCGUUGAUAUGAAAAUGAUUCUUUAUUCAUCUUGUUAAUUUUGGUGCAUCCUUUUGAGGCAUCGAACACUGAAGAAAAUGCCCCAAAACAGGCAUAAAAGAAAAGGCUGUUACCACAGCAAAUAUAAUCAUUGUUAUUAUUAAUAGAAAGUAAAGGCAUUUUAGGUUCAUCACGUACACUGGGUACCAGAGGUUUUUCUCGUGUGCGGUGGGAAUUUUCAGUGUUGGCCGAAGGCCGACACAUCUUAGGCUGUAGGUGGGUCACUGUAAAGACUUGACAGAAACUGGAAACCAUACUAGAAAAGUCUCUGGCACCCAGGGUAUUCAUCACCUGCAGAAUAACAAUACACCUGCACCUAACAAUAUUGUUACAACUCUUACGUAUAACCUCAGGUAGCCUUACAUUUAUACUUGGUACCAGGAAUUGGGCAAAGUUCUUUCAUAUUGAAAUUCCCAAGUGUUUAGGGAACGCGUCCAAAUAUCGGCAUCGGGUCAUACCGAUGCCGAUCAAUUGGGCACCGAUUUUUUCCGAUUCCGUUGAAGGUCGGACCCGAUUUUAUCGGCACCGAAUGAAAGGGAAUCGGCAACGGGUCUCAAGUCUUUAUCGGGCCAAUUAACAAAGGUCAUCAAAAAUAUCUGGCAGCUCAAAUAACCCGUCACAAAAGCAAAAGCAAAAGCAUGAAUGUUGUUUUUUAUAACCUUAUCUUUCUUAUAAAUGUGUCUUGUUUGAACCGAAAUUUAACGUCACGGUUUCGAACAUUUGUUUGUAUUUCCUAUGACAGAGUAUGAACAGAAAAUAUUAAAUUUGUGUAUCAAAAUGGGCGCGAGAAGAAACAACAGGCAUCUUUUGAGUGAAAGACGGCGCAAUGUACAUUGCAAGUGUACGAUGUGAUAAUUUUAAAAAAUGAUAAUUUUAAAAUAGCUUGAGCCUUUGCUAACCGGAAGCCAAAACGCAUGAUUAUAGGAAUCUUUGGAGGAAUAAACAGUUUAGGACUGUAAACGAAAAAAAUAGAAGUCAGAACAUCCACGACCAAAAUGCAAAUGUUGUUACCAUGUUGUGUACUUUAACUGCUAAAUUGCCACAGGAGAGAAGAGGACAUCGUCUGAGAAUCAAGCUGCAAGUUGUUUAUUGGUUGCAUAUGAACUCAAAAAAGUGACUGAUGGAAGCGUUCAACUGGUUUUCUCUUUCUCGAUUGUCUUUCCGCUAUUAAAUUGAGUCGAACUUACCGGAUGUAUGCCAGUUUACUUUAGUUGAACACUCCGGUAAAAUAGGUUCUGAUUUUUGUCAAACAGUCAGCCACCUAGAGUCAAGCGCAAAUUUUUCUAAGUGCUGAGAGUGGAAAGCAAUUUCACGUGGCACCAUGCUCAAGCUCACAGAACAUACAGCAAAGUCGCUAAGCCAUUCUCUCUUUGGUAGCUCCGUAUGAAACUUCGUUCCGUGUCUUCCGUGACUCGCGAGUGUGGGAAUCUUUCAGUUCCUGUUGCCAAUUCCCUGGAGACAAUCUGAGGCCGCAAUGUAAUUGGUCGGUAUUUUUUGCCUCAGAUCGCAUUACACCUUGCGUUUAGGAUCGUUGAAUGAAAGACGCAAAUUUUCGUAAAAGUUUAUCCCGUGGUUUUACAUUAUCCAUGGUUUUGCUCUCGCUCCGCUCGCUAGGAAACCCGUUGAGGUCUACUUGUAACAAGUCUAUGAAUCCAGCUGUGUUUCGAGAAAGUGAGUUCCGGUCGUGUUUUUGGAUUGCAUUGUUAGAAAUUAGUAUCGAGUAAAGAACACACUACUCAGUAUGGUGUUUUGUUUGCUAUAUAUCAACGAAGAACAGUGGUGUUUUGCGUCGUAAUAUUUAACUCCUUUUAAUUUUCAUAGAAUAAAUGUUAUGGAGCAGCGUAGUGUUUGCGAUCGACUGAAGGAAAUACCUCUGCAAAACGCCGAAAAUCACGUGUAUAGGCACGUAUCAAAUCAACAAACUCGAAACACACCAUGCAGAAACAUACAAUUUUGCUAUUUGUUAUGGAGUAGGAAAAAGGUACAGUCGAUUGAAAUUACUUUGAAGUGAAACGACUCUUUCAUUGUUUGGUUCCGUGACACGCUUCAUUUUACAUAUCAGAUAAAAUAAUAUGACGAUGACACAUAUGAACAUCGGAAUGUCAACCGGCUCCGAUUGAAUCGGCAAAGUUUUUAUCGUAAUCGGAAACGGCAACUGGUGCCUAUAGAUCGGUACCGAUUCCGAUCAAUCGGAAAAUUAAUCGGGUCCGUUUCCCAUGAUCGGGUUCCCUACCGAUAUUUGGACGCGUUCCCUUAAACAUUGGUGAUUGGCCAGUCUUUUAAAAGAAGAAGAUUCUGCUAGACUACAUGACCUAUUCUGUUACAGGUAAACAACAGCACUGGAAAAUUGUAACCUUACAGAUUUGCAAGCAAAAAAAAUGGAACUUUUGAAGGGAGUUACAGCUGUACGUGUGUGUCCUCCUAUACUAGAUCAAUAUUAUUUUUUGACUCUGAUUCACCCUAGAUCAUUCCUCACUCAGAAUCACUCGCAAUCAGCUGCA